AUGUUUAGUGCUACGUGGCCGAAGGAUGUGCAGAAACUUGCAAAUAUUGUCGAAGUCUGCAGUGACUUCGAGAAGCGUGCUAAGUUGAUCAGGCAUCUUGAUCAUAUCAGCUCUGAGAACGCUAAGAUGACAUCACCAAAUACCUUUGCCAAGACAGCUGGCCAGCCCUCACCAUCCAUAGCGACAAAGAACAAUGUCAAGAAUCUCAGAUAUGUAAUUAACUACGACUUCCUUAACAACUGUGAAGAUUAUAUCCACCAUAUUGGUCAUAUGAGACAUGAAAGGUACCUCAUACACUACACUUACUUCACUACCGAUAACUCAAAGUCUGCUCACGAGCUGAUAUAUAUCUUGUGUGAGGUGAAGGCUGAUGUACCACAACAACUAGAGGAAAUGGCCAUGUACAGUGGAGGAGGGGGAGGUCGCAAAUUGCUUGAUAUGCUGUCUCUAGACGGGAUAGGACUUGCAACUCCAAUUAUUACGUCGGAUCAACCAUUUGUACAAAUUGCUUCACCAUAUAAAGCAACUUGA